AUGCACUCCGUUCUAAAUGGGACUGGACCGUAUUUUGAAUCCAUUGAUGUUGAUAUUCGGGGGGCUUUUUCUUCCAGGAAACCAAAGAAACUAUCAUUGACCCUUUUCCUAGGCAAAACAGAGCAUGCCAUCUUUAUGAAGGAGGUCUGGUUCCAGAACCGGCGGGCCAAAUUCCGCAAGCAGGAACGGGCGGCGGCCGCAGCGGCGGCGGCGGCGAAGAACGGCUCGUCGGGCAAGAAAUCCGACCCUUCCCGGGACGACGAGAGUAAAGAAGCCAAGAGCACCGACCCGGACAGUACCGGCGGUCCGGGUCCCAACCCGAACCCGGCGCCCAGCUGCGGAGGCGGCGGUCCCAGCCCUGCGGGGGCUCAAGGCAACGGGGGAGCCGGCGGUCCGGGGCCGGAGGGGAACAAGGGCGCGGCGCCCCCGGGCUUAGCUGCAGCGGGUCCCGGGCAGGGCUGGGCUGGGGGUCCGGGCUCCAUCGCCUCCAUCCCAGAUUCCUUAGGCGGGCCCUUCGCUAGCGUCCUCUCCUCUUUGCAGAGACCCAACGGCACCAAAGGCACCUUGGUGAAGGGCGGCAUGUUUUGA